GGAGCCUUUUGGAUUGAGGUUCUUUUUCCCUGAUAAUACGAAUUACAGAGAAGUUUCAUAUAUAGAAGCAUUGAUAAACCUUUUUUUUCACAAAUUUCCAAGUUUUUCCCCAAUUUUCCCCUUUCUUUCUAUAUAGGUAUGUUGUAUAUCACCUUCAGAAACCCUUAUUCGAUGUAAAUUGGGUUGUUUUCUAGAAGGAUUAGCGUUGGAUACAGAUCAAGAUACAUAUACAAUUAUAAACUAUAAAUAAUUCUGUAACUUUUAUUCUCUUCGGUUAUCUGGUAAUGGCCAAAGUGCAUUUCACUCCGCCACCGGCGUUGGCACAACCAGUGCCUACCCCCGAUCCCGAAGCGAUUCCCAACGAGAAAUGGGUCGCAGGUGAAGACCCGAUUCUUGAAGUGUUGAAUUGUGUGUACCCUACUUUGGAUUCCGAAGAUAAGAGGAAGGACGUGAUCGAAUACAUGCAGAAGCUCUUCAGAACUUCACUCGGAGUUGAGGUCUUCACCUAUGGUUCAGUGCCACUCAAGACUUAUCUCCCUGAUGGAGAUAUUGAUUUUACAGCCAUUGGUGCUCCUGAUAGGGGAUAUACUUUGCCUCGGGAUGUUCUUCAUCUCCUUCAGGCUGAAGAACACAAUGGAAACAAUGAAUUCGAAGUAAAAGAUGUCACAUACAUUGAUGCGGAGGUUAAACUUGUGAAAUGCAUUGUUUCAGGCAUUGUUAUAGACAUAUCGUUUAAUCAAUUGGGUGGACUUUCUACACUUUGUUUUCUUGAGCAGGUGGAUCGCCAAAUUGGCAAGGAUCAUCUUUUCAAACGGAGUAUAAUUCUAAUAAAAACAUGGUGUUAUUAUGAAAGUCGUGUACUCGGUGCUACUUAUGGUUUACUAUCGACAUAUGCAUUGGCAGUUUUGGUUCUCUACAUAUUUCAUGCCUUUGGUGCAUCUAUAACCAACCCGUUAAUGGCUCUUUUCAGGUUCUUGGACUAUUAUGGCAAAUUUGACUGGGAUAACUAUUGUAUCAGUUUGAAUGGUGUGGUUAAGAAAUCUUCACUUCUAAACAUAGUUGUUGAGUACCCUUUAAACGAAAGGACUGGUGCUUUCCUCAGCGAUGCUUUCUUGAAUACUUGUAUGGAAACGUUCAUAUUGUGUUCUAAUGAAUCCACAUCAAAUGUGUCAAAUUUCAUGUGGAAGCAUCUUAAUAUAAUUGAUCCAUUAAAGGAAACUAACAAUCUUGGCCGCAGCGUUCAACAAGCAAAUUCUUACCGCAUCUUGAGUGCGUUUAGAUACGGUGCGAGCACACUCCGUGAGGUUCUUGAACUACAGAAUGAGAAUAUUGGAGAUGGAAUCAAGAAGUUUUUUGCAAACACCUUGCAAAGGCACAAACCAAAGUGUAUUCCGGAUGUUCCACUAACGUUUGAUACUUUAUCACUGUCAUCCUAUAGCGAAACCGAAUACAUUGAUGACGUGGACUCAAAGCUUUCAUAUGAUGAUCUUGAUGAUGUGUCGUAUGUGGGGUCUGGUGAAGCAAGCGAUCUUGAUGUAUUUCAAGAUCUUAGUCCGAGAACUACUGCCAAAAUGGUGAAAGGUGGCGGUGGUCACGAUGAUGUGGCACAUGAUUUACGAAAUCCGGAUGUGAUUGGUGGAUUUGGUGAAAUGGAAAGUUUGAAUCCGUUUGCGGAUCUCACCGGAGACUAUGAAAGUAGUAUACGGAAUCUGCUAUACGGUCAAUUUCACCAUGGUAAUGGUUUAAAUGGUUCUCUACUUAUGGGCCAUGUGGUUCAACAGCAAUAUGAGGAGGCAGCUGCUCCUGCUCGAUAUUUUUGGUCUUCAUGGUUCCGUUGGAGUUCACCGCCAUCUCCUCAGGUGAACUCAAAUAGUGUGGUGUAUCAAAAUGGUCAAACCUCCAGGCAAACCGGUCAACAGUUCCGGUUGGAAGAAAGAAACACGGUUCGUGGAACCGGGUCGUACAUCCCUGCCACGAACAUCUUCAGAGGAGGAGCAGGAUCGCGAAGGGGUUGGAGACCAGGAGCACGUAACCGUCAGCAAGAGCAGAGUCAUCGUGGGAAACUGAAGCAGGUGAUGUACUCACAAAGGAAACUUGUGUUUGGAGCUUUUGGUGCUAAUGCUACUAAUCCAGAAGAAAGUACUUCUGGCUCACAGUCACAGGCUCCCCCUCCUAAAUAUGUUUCAUGUGGUCGGAGUCAGGGAAGUGGUCAAGCCGAGCACCUGUUCCUCAAGAAUGAAGAGGAGUUUCCCCCUCUAGCAACUUGAGGAGGCUGGAAAUAUGUAUAAAGACAGUGCUGGUUUCAUUAUCUGGUUAAUCAUUAGAUCUAACUUACAAGACAGAAACUCAUCAUAGGGAAAAAGACGGGGAAAACUACCCUUUUAUUAGGUUUAUUUUCAAGUUUUUUUUUUUUUUUUAAUUUAUCUUUUAAGACUUCUGGCUUGUUGUGUGUGUGUGACAUAAUGUAGAUAAUUAAAGAGUUUGAAAAAAUGUAAAAAAAAAAAA